UUUUGCUCUAGGAUAAGAAAAUUCCUUAAUAGAACAACAGGAACUGUCAUUUUAUCUUUGUAGUCCCAACUUCUUGCAUGAUGAAAAUACCAGUCAGUUGGGAUCUGGUCAGAGAAGGUUUUACUAUAUGAAGAGGUUACUAUUUUAAUACAUAGAUGAUUUAAGAGGUGGAAGGAAUUUUAAUCUAGUCCAACUCCCUCAUUCUAAGAGAAGAAAAAUAAAGUCCAGGAAGAUAGCAGAACACGCUUACCCAGCUGAUGAACUGAUGCCCUUAACCUGCCGGGGUCGAGUUAGAGGUCAGGAGCCAAGUCGGGGUGAUGUUGAUGAUGCAUUAGGAAAAUUUUCCCUGACACUGAUUGAUACUUUGGACACUCUUGUGGUAUUAAAUAAAACUAAAGAAUUUGAAGAGGCUGUGAGAAAAGUUGUAAGAGAUGUUAAUUUGGAUAACGACAUAGUUGUAUCAGUUUUUGAAACAAACAUCAGAGUCCUUGGGGGUCUUUUAGGUGGACACUCAGUGGCUAUCAUGCUGAAGGAGAAAGGUGAACACAUGCAGUGGUACAAUGAUGAACUUCUCCAGAUGGCCAAGCAGUUGGGUUACAAGCUUUUACCUGCUUUCAAUACCACUAGUGGCCUUCCUUAUCCAAGAAUUAACUUAAAAUUUGGCAUGAGAAAACCAGAAGCUCGAACGGGCACAGAAACUGAUACCUGUACUGCAUGUGCGGGUACCUUAAUCCUUGAGUUUGCUGCUCUAAGUCGAUUUACAGGAACAUCAAUAUUUGAGGAAUCUGCACGGAAAGCUCUUGACUUUCUCUGGGAAAAAAGACAGCGCAGCAGUAAUUUAGUAGGAGUGACUAUUAAUAUUCAUACCGGAGACUGGGUUCGCAAAGACAGUGGAGUUGGAGCAGGAAUUGAUUCAUACUAUGAAUAUUUAUUAAAAGCCUAUGUCUUACUUGGGGAUGACAGUUUUCUGGAAAGAUUUAACACACACUAUGAUGCCAUAAUGAGGUACAUUAGCCAGCCCCCUCUUCUGCUUGAUGUGCACAUCCACAAACCAAUGUUAAAUGCUCGAACUUGGAUGGAUUCUUUGCUUGCCUUCUUUCCAGGACUGCAGGUUUUAAAGGGGGACAUUAGACCUGCUAUUGAAACUCAUGAAAUGUUAUAUCAGGUGAUAAAAAAGCACAAUUUUCUUCCAGAGGCUUUUACUACAGAUUUCAGAGUACACUGGGCUCAGCAUCCCUUACGGCCAGAAUUUGCAGAAAGUACCUACUUCUUAUAUAAAGCUACAGGUGAUCCUUAUUACCUUGAAGUAGGGAAAACACUCAUUGAAAAUUUAAAUAAGUAUGCUAGAGUGCCUUGUGGGUUUGCUGCCAUGAAGGAUGUUCGUACUGGAAGUCAUGAAGAUAGAAUGGACUCUUUCUUCUUGGCUGAAAUGUUUAAAUAUCUUUACCUACUGUUUGCUGAUAAGGAAGAUAUUAUUUUUGACAUAGAAGAUUACAUUUUUACAACAGAAGCCCAUCUGUUACCUCUUUGGCUUUCUACUACAAAUCAAACAGUCUCUAAGAAAAACACAACAACAGAAUAUACAGAACUGGAUGACAGUAACUUUGAUUGGACAUGUCCAAAUACUCAGAUUCUCUUCCCAAAUGAUCCAAUGUAUGCUCAGAGUAUUCGUGAACCCUUGAAAAAUGUGGUGGAUAAAAGCUGUCCUAGAGGUGUUGUCAGAGUCAGAGAGGAGAGUUUUGGAAGUGGACCUAAGCCCCCACUGAGAGCCAGAGAUUUCAUGGCCAGUAAUCCUGAGCAUUUGGAAAUCUUAAAAAAGAUGGGAGUUAGUUUGAUUCAUCUCAAAGAUGGAAGAGUGCAAUUGGUCCAACAUGCAAUUCAGGCUGCAAGCUCACUUGAUGCUGAAGAUGGUUUGCGAUUUAUGCAAGAGAUGAUUGAGUUGUCUAGUCAGCAACAGAAAGAACAACAGUUGCCCCCCCGAGCUGUUCAGAUCGUCUCCCACCCAUUUUUUGGAAGGGUGGUAUUGACCGCGGGGCCAGCACAGUUUGGAAUGGACCUGUCCAAACACAAAUCAGGGACAAGAGGAUUUGUUGCAAGCAGUAAACCAUACAAUGGCUGUUCAGAGAUUACUAACCCUGAAGUAGUAAUGGGGAAAAUUGCUUUGAUGCAGAGAGGCCAGUGCAUGUUUGCUGAAAAGGCUCGGAAUAUCCAAAAAGCUGGAGCAAUUGGUGGCAUUGUUAUUGAUGACAAUGAGGGGAGCAGUAGCGAUACUGCCCCUCUUUUCCAGAUGGCUGGUGAUGGAAAGAAUACAGAUGACAUUACAAUCCCCAUGCUAUUCUUAUUCAACAAAGAAGGAAAUAUUAUCUUGGAUGCAAUAAAGGAAUAUGAGGAGGUAGAAGUGCUUCUCUCUGAUAAAGCAAAAGAUCGAGAUCUUGAAGUAGACAACAUGGAACAAAAGUCUUCUGAAAACGAUUCUGAGAAUCAAAAAUCGGAAAAGACUACAGCAGAUUCUCAGGACCUCAGUGUGGUCAAUCAGGAGUCUGUGGAAGAAAGUUCUCCCAUCUCUCAACCAGAAUCAGUAUCUCCUGCUGAUGUGGACAGUGCUAGCAUUUUGUCUUCCAAAGAAGAUUCCUGUCCUACUGAAAACCAUGAGACUACAAUCCAUGACAGUGAAUGUACAGAAUUAGAUAACCAGCCUCAAGAACAAUCAAAAACUGAGGAAGAGUCUAGCCCUAAUGUAAGCUGGGACAAUAAAGUCCAGCCUAUGGAAUCCAUAUUAGCAGACUGGAAUGAAGAUAUAGAAGCAUUUGAAAUGAUGGAAAAGGAUGAACUAUGACUCACAAAAACAUCUCCUGGUGGGUAUUUAAAAAGGAAAAAAAAGUGAACUUUGGUUAAGGUAGACCCUAAUGCAGAGGAAGGCUCUCUUGUGGGCGUUGUUAAAUAUGGUGAUGAGCAACCAGGUUCUGACUGGAUUAUUUAAAGAUCCUAGAAAUCCAGUGCAUGCUAUGUUAGGAUUGGCCUUGUUUAAAAACAUUUUCCCAUUAGAAAGAAUGGGAGUUUAUUUUCCCUUCCAAACAUGGCAGCUUUGCAACACAGUGAUAGCCUAUCUCUCAUUUUGGAAUAAGUAAUGGGCAUUCCUGGGCAUUGGGUUGACCCAGCCACUGAAGGGGAGAAGCGUGAAUGCAUUCGGUUAGUGUAAUAGCCCUCAUCACUUCCUGACACUAGAGCUUUGGGAGGUCAAGAUCAGGUUGCCUUUUGAAAGCAAAGGCAGGUAAGUGCUGUGAGCAUUCAGGAUUGUGCUGCCUUACGUAUACCACUACAAUUGGUAGUUCAUUACAAAGCAAAUAUGUUUAUAGUAAGAACAUUUUUGCUCAUUAUAUCCAUUUUUUUCUUUUAUUGACAAAUGAACAAGGUGAUUUGGGUUUUUCUUAACCUUGCCCUUUUUACACAAACCAAAGGUGAAGCUAAUGUGCUUUCUCAGAGAAUUUCUCUGCAUGGAAGCUGAUCAGUGGGACCAGGCAAAAAAGGUCAUUAUAAUGUGUUGUGGAAAAUGGUUGCUUAAUACUCUUGGGAAACAGGGCCAAAAAAAUUAUACAGUUUUGCAAUACAAACUUCCUUUGGGGCCCGCCAUGGUAAAAACCUUAUAAAGCUAUAACUACUCAGUAACACUAGAAUGUUAGUGUUGUUCUCUGUUGUAGACUAGACCACAAGUCUUUUUUUUUUUCAGUUCAUUUCCUCUUGAAGAUGUUACCUCUAAACAUCAUCAGCCUUAUAAUAAAUAUCUCACACUUUUAGUAUGCAAUUUGAGCCAUAAGGCCAGUAUCACCAACAACUGAAUCCAUUUUGUUCCAUUUGUCCAGCUUAUUAGAGCCAUGAUAAAACUAUGGUGGUGAUAUAUAAAUCCAGGGAUAACUGGUAUUUUUUUUCUUUUGAAGGCUUUUCUUUCUAAAGUUGCAAUUAGGGCUAUUCACCUUUUCUGUUGAAUCAUGUUUUUCUUAUAAAUAUUCCCUUGAGUGGGUACCAGAAAAUUUAUCUGUGGUCAUUUAUGAAGAAACUCAUACAAUAGCAACUAACAUGUAGCUUAAUGAGAAAACUUUAUUUUGUGGCAAUCUAAUACUGUCUACAUUUAACAAGUUUUAAGUGUUUGGUUAAUUAACUUUUGAUUUCUGUAGACAUCUUGUUUAGCAGCAGAUCAUGGCUUCAUUUUGUACUCUUUUCCAAACAUUUAUGAAUCAAUCUAAAAGCUUACGAGAAAGGCUUGCAACACUCCCACCCCCACCCCACCCCCAGCACCUGCCUUUUAUCAUUUGGCAAAACGACUUUCUUUAUGUACAGUUUUGUGGUACUGGUGAACUUUUAACGGUAUACGCAGCUGUUAAUCGGAAUAGCUGUAUGGCAUUGUAGUUAUGUAUAUUCAUGUACAGCGUGACUUAGAUUCCAGAUAAAUGGUGUAUUCUUUUGUAAUGGGGGAAGUAAUUGCUUUUAAAAAAUUCUAUGUAAACAUAAUUGAGGCAGGAGCAAAUGGAAUCUAAUGUGAAUUUACUUUAAAGAGAAAUUUUUAGCAAAUAAGAUCUUGGUUGGCCUUGAAUUAAGUCUUACUCCAAAAUAGGCUUUUCCCCGUAGUCUUUCUGCAUGUGAAGUAUGGUAUGCAAAGCUAAAGCUUCAUACCACAGAAGAAUGGAGGAUGGCUAAGUGCUCUGUCAAUAUUGAUUUCCAAACUGCCAAACUAGCUGAAGCUUAAUAAUACUUGACUUGCCUUGAUUUCAGGGCUGGGACUUGGUGAGGGGGAGGAGUUGGUCUUCCAGACUUUGGUUAUGGGAGCCUUAUAUGCAUUGCUUUCAUUUUUGUACCUUAGAGCCAUUACUUCCUGAGUCUAUGCUUUCCAAGUUAGAAAAACAAAGUAAAUGAUUUACAAAAUAAAGUCAAAGCCAGUGAGCGAGGAGUGAUGGGGCUUCAUGGCUGAGCCUGGAGCCAAGGCGGCCACCAGGGGGACCUCUUUCUUGUACUUAAAGUCUUGGAAAGAACUUGUACACUGGCUUAGGGAUUUGAGUCAUUUAAAAGCAAAUAAAAACCAUGACAGAUUAGGCCGACUCCUGGAAACAAGGACAACCUUUAAACUUUUCCCUAGGAUAGUAAGGUAGUGUUCACCUCCCGGAGCCCACUUGUGUCAUUGCCUAUAAUUUACCAGCAUUAGGAUUUAAAUAAAUUCAACAUACUGCCACUAAGUAGUCUUUUAUUUCAGUAAGAAGAAACCCUAGCAGUAUCAAGUAAGGUUUGGGGGUCAUACUCGUAUAUAUUAAUUGUUUCCUCUGGAUUUGGGAGACUUUUUUUAAAAAUCCUGAAUUUAGAAACAUCUGGUCUACCUCAGUUAAAUGUUGACUGCCUGGAGAGUGAGCUGAAGUGAUCACCAGAGCCAUAAAAGUAGUUUGACCAGGAAUCCGAAUUUGCACAAUGUUUACAAACCUGGAAUCAAGGAUUUAACCUGAAAUUUAAAGUUAGACGGGAAGGAAAAGGGCAGGAAAUGAAAGGGGAGGGUUUUAUUCAGGUAUCUUCAAGUUUCAAAAGCUAACGUUUACCUAAGAGAAAGGAAACAACUAGAGUCUUAGCCUGCUCACAACUGUUCUCUGAACCAUUAGCACCGAUCUUCAGGAUAUUUUCCUUGAAGCUUCCAAGUGUAAAAGAAUUGUAAUAUAUCAGAUGUGGUUGAGUGAAGGGUUUGCUGGGUAUAUAUGUUUAAUAGGCUCCCAAUGACAAUUUGGUUCUUAUCUCAGAACCGAUCAUUGUAACAUUUUCUUUACAAUAUUGGAUCAGUUCAAAUGGGAGAGUUUUAAAAUUACUCUCUAACUUCAGUCAAUUCUUAUUCUCGUAAAGAUAUUUAUUGUCUACUUUUAUUUAUCAUUUUGUAACUGUUUUACAAUUGACAUUUUUUCUCCUGCCAAACCCAAUGAAGUCCAACUCAGCAGAAAGCUCAGCAUUAGUCAAAUGUUGUUCAUAAUUUAGGGGGUGGGGGUGGAUGAUAAACCUAGUAAAUAUUCCAAUAGUUUGUUUUAUGCACAAGGCUUCAGUCAGAACAUAGAAAAAAAAACAUUCUGUGAAUGAAAUAUUGUAUGUUCAGAUUUUAUAAAAGACAUUUUUAAAAGCCCAAUUUACAGCCGUAUAUUUUCUUAUAAAUGUAAUUUAUGAAAAAAGAUGUCUGUACUAACAGGUGCUGUAACACUACUGUUGGAUUUUACUGUUUGGUGAUAAAUGUAUACCAUAUUUCUAAGGAAAACUGUGUACUGUGAUGUAAAAGUCUGGGCAGAAAUGUAUAUAAUCCUUGUAUAUAUAAUUGUGUAUUUGAUUAUAAUUGCCGAUUGUAAAGAUUUAAUAAAAUAUGUAAAUAUUCUAA